AUGCGUCCCCAAAACGUCGUUUCCGCAGCGGGCACCGGCGCCCUAAUGCUGGCAGCGUCGGCUGUCGCCUCGGAUGUUGCCUUCACCCCUUCUAAUGCCAAGGCGCCGUUCGUCGAGCAGUUCCUUGAGGCUCAGAUCCCCGAGUCCCGCUGGACCGUGUCGCGCGCGACCAAGCAGACUCCCGUCGGCGAUGAGAUCAUGUCUUACGUCGGCACCUGGGCGAUCGAGGAGCCCGAGGUCUUCCCCGGCCUCAAGGGCGACAUGGGUCUUGUUCUGAAGUCCAAGGCGGCCCACCACGCCAUCUCGACCCUCUUCCCCAAACCCAUCGACCCCAAGGGCAAGCCUCUGGUUGUUCAGUACGAGGUCAAGCUGCAGAAGGGCCUUGAGUGUGGCGGCGCCUACAUCAAGCUUCUGACCGACUCGUCGGAGGGCGGCAUGAAGGCUGGCGAGGAGUACACCGACAAGACCCCGUUCACCAUCAUGUUUGGUCCCGACCGCUGCGGCCAGACCAACAAGGUCCACUUCAUCUUCCGCCACAAGAACCCCGUCACCGGCGAGUGGGAGGAGAAGCACUUCUCCAACCCCCCGCUCCCCAAGAUCACCAAGACGACUGCCCUCUACACUCUGGUCGUCAACCCCGACAACACGUUCAAGAUCCUCAUUAACGACGAGGAGGUGUCGUCAGGCAACCUCCUCGAGGACUUUACUCCUCCCGUCAACCCUUCCGCUGAGAUUGACGACCCCGAGGACCACAAGCCCGAGGACUGGGUCGACGUCGAGAAGGUCGAGGACGCGGCUGCUUCUAAGCCCGAGGACUGGGACGAGGAUGCGCCGCUCAUGAUCAUCGACACUGACGCUGUCAAGCCCGAGGACUGGCUCGAGGACGAGCCCCUCGAGGUCGCCGACUCGGACGCCGAGAAGCCCGAGGAGUGGGACGACGAGGAGGACGGCGACUGGGUCGGCCCCGUCGUUCCCAACCCCAAGUGUGCGGACAUCUCUGGCUGUGGUCCCUGGACCCAGCCCAAGAUCGCCAACCCGGAGUACAAGGGCAAGUGGGUCCGCCCCAUGAUCGACAACCCGGACUACAAGGGCCCUUGGGCUCCUCGCAAGAUCGCGAACCCCGGGUUCUUCGAGGACAAGCAGCCCGCUGACCUUACCCCUAUUGGCGGUGUCGGCAUCGAGCUCUGGACCAUGACCGAGGAUAUUCUCUUUGACAACAUCUACAUUGGUCACGACGAGAAGGCGGCCAAGGACUUUGCCAAGGAGACGUUCCACAUGAAGCAGCCCCUCGAGAAGGAGGCUGAGGGCUCGGUCGAGGAGGACGAGGAGGAACAGCCUCUCACCUUCGCCGACAAGGCGCGUGUCCGCCUCUUCCAAUUCAUCAACCUCGCCCAGGUCGACCCCGUUGGUGCGAUCAAGACCAUGCCUGAGGUUCCUGGUGUCAUCAUCGCUCUCGUUGUCGGUCUUGUCGGCCUUCUUGCCACCCUCUUGGGCCUCACCUCGGCCGCCAAGGAGCCCUCCAAGCCGGUCGUCACCAAGAAGGCCUCGGUCAAGACGGCACCUGCCGCCGAGGCCAAGAUUGAGGAGAUCAACGACGACGACGAGCCCGUGAAGAAGCGCACCACCCGUAGCAGCCAGCAGUAA